AUGUCCACCGAAUACGACGAUGUCCUCACCAAUCAACCCGUUGUCAUUGAUAAUGGCUCAGGAACUGUGAAAGCCGGUUUUGCGGGACAAGACCAUCCGAAAUGUUUCUUCCCGUCCUUUGUUGGACGGCCGAAGCACGUCCGUGUCAUGGCCGGAGCGCUUGAAGGGGACACAUUCAUCGGUCGGAAAGCGCAAGAGUUCCGUGGGCUCCUGAAGAUUAAGUACCCUAUGGAACAUGGAAUUGUGACAGACUGGAACGACAUGGAGCGCAUAUGGAGUUGGAUAUACGCGGAAGAGCUCGGGACGCUCAGUGAAGAGCACCCGGUCCUUCUCACAGAAGCGCCUCUAAAUCCUCGAGCGAAUCGGGACGUAGCCGCGCAAAUAUUCUUCGACACCUUCAACGUACCUGCGUUAUUUGUCUCUGUUCAAGCCGUGUUGGCGCUAUAUUCUUCCGGUCGAACUACCGGAAUCGUGCUCGAUUCUGGCGAUGGUGUGACACACGCAGUACCGGUGUUUGAAGGCUUCUCCAUGCCGCAUGCCAUCCGAAGAGUGGACGUCGCGGGAAGGGAUGUGACUGACUAUCUUCAGUUACUCUUGCGGAAAUCAGGACAUCAUCUUCAUACUACUGCGGAACGCGAAAUAGUCCGGACGAUCAAGGAGAAGUGUUGUUACGUCGCUACCAACCCGGCGAAGGAAGAGAAGGAAACUGUUGGACGAACUGAAGACUUCAGGUUGCCGGACGGCAAUGUUGUGCAGCUCGGAUCAGAACGAUUCCGCGCCCCUGAGAUAUUGUUCAACCCCGAGCUUAUUGGGCAGGAAUAUGCCGGUGCACACCAGGUUGUGGUCGACUCGAUCAACCGCGUGGAUUUGGAUCUUAGGAAGAAUCUCUUCUCCAAUAUUGUUCUCAGCGGCGGAAGCACCUUAUGUCGAGGUUUCGGCGAUCGCCUAUUGAACGAGGUGAAACGCCUGGCGCUGAAGGACGUAAAGAUCAAAAUCUAUGCUCCUCCGGAACGGAAGUAUUCGACGUGGAUCGGCGGGUCUAUUCUAGCGGGUCUAGGGACCUUCAAGAAGAUGUGGGUCUCAGCGGAAGAGUACCAGGAAGACCCCGACAUCAUUCACAAGAAGAGCGGGUUCUAG